AGGGGAGGCGUGCAGUACAGUACAGUGCAGUCUGUCAGAAGCUCCUUCAGCAGCAGUACAGCGCCUCUUGUCAAGAGCUGUGACAAGCCAAGGACCUCACAGAAUUCGGUCGGGACAACACGAAGUUGUGGCUGUAUAGUUUUGUUUGCCCCCAUUAUGGCUGACCAUCUUCUACAUUAUAAUGACUCAGCUGGGGUUGGGAACCGAUUCGCCCGCAAAGGUGCUUUGCGGCAGAGAAAUGUGCAUGAAGUGAAAAACCACAAAUUCACUGCAAGAUUUUUCAAGCAGCCGACGUUCUGCAGCCAUUGUACAGACUUCAUAUGGGGAUUUGGGAAACAAGGAUUUCAAUGCCAAGUGUGCUGUUUUGUGGUCCACAAACGAUGCCAUGAGUUCGUCACUUUCUCCUGUCCUGGAGCCGACAAGGGUCCUGACACAGACGACCCCCGAAGCAAGCACAAGUUCAAGAUUCACACAUACGGCAGUCCCACCUUCUGUGACCACUGUGGUUCGUUGCUUUACGGGCUCAUCCACCAAGGGAUGAAAUGUGACACCUGCGACAUGAACGUGCACAACCAAUGUGUGGUCAACGUGCCAAGCCUGUGUGGGACGGACCACACGGAGCGUCGGGGUCGCCUCUUCCUCAAGAUCGAGGUCAGCUUGGACAAGCUACACGUCACAGUGGGUGAAGCCAGGAACCUGAUUCCUAUGGAUCCAAAUGGUUUAUCAGACCCUUAUGUUAAACUCAAGCUCAUCCCCGACCCAAAGAAUGAGACCAAACAGAAGACCAGGACCAUCCGUUCCUCUCUCAACCCCUGCUGGAACGAGUCCUUCACCUUUAAGCUGAAAGCAUCAGAUAAGGACCGCCGUCUGUCCAUUGAGGUGUGGGAUUGGGACCGAACCACCCGGAACGACUUCAUGGGCUCCAUGUCGUUUGGAGUGUCCGAGCUCAUCAAAGCUCCCAACUGUGGAUGGUACAAGUUGCUGAACCAGGAGGAGGGAGAGUAUUACAACGUUCCCAUCCCUGAGAUGGACGACGUCAACCUGGAGCUCCGACAGAAGUUUGAGGCCUGCCAGUUAAAUAUCCACUAUCUCAAGAAAGCCAAGCUGGGCCACGGUAAGAAAGUGAUCACGCCGUCAGACCAUCGGCGGUAUAGCCUGCCUUCAGGCAACGUGGACCGGCUCCGACUGAGUGACUUCAACUUCCUGGCCCUGCUGGGGAAGGGCAGCUUUGGCAAGGUGAUGCUGGCAGAGAUGAAGUCAACAGAGGAGCUGUACGCCAUCAAGAUCCUGAAGAAAGAUGUUGUGAUCCAGGAUGAUGAUGUUGAAUGUACAAUGGUGGAGAAGAGGGUCUUGGCCCAGAGAGACAAACCGCCUUUCCUCACGCAGCUCCACUCCUGCUUCCAGACUGUGGAUCGGCUGUACUUUGUGAUGGAGUACAUCAACGGGGGAGACCUUAUGUAUCAUAUCCAACGUAUGGGCAAAUUCAAGGAGCCACAGGCAGUGUUUUAUGCAGCAGAGAUUGCUGUCGGUUUGUUUUUCUUGCACCGAAAGGGAAUUAUCUACAGGGAUCUGAAGCUCGACAACGUGAUGCUGGACUCUGAGGGCCACAUCAAAAUUGCUGACUUUGGCAUGUGUAAGGAGAACAUGUAUGAAGGCAUGAGCACACGCACCUUCUGCGGCACCCCAGACUACAUCGCACCGGAGAUUAUAGCAUACCAGCCUUAUGCAAAAUCAGUGGACUGGUGGGCUUAUGGAGUUCUUCUGUAUGAGAUGCUGGCGGGACAGCCUCCAUUUGAUGGAGAGGAUGAAGACGAGCUCUUCCAGUCCAUCAUGGAGCACAAUGUGUCCUACCCCAAGACCAUGUCUAAAGAAGCUGUGUCCAUCUGCAAGGGACUGAUGACCAAGCACCCGUCAAAGCGUCUCGGCUGUGGCCUAGAGGGGGAGAGGGACAUCAGGGAGCAGGCUUUCUUCCGACGCAUCGACUGGGAUCGCCUGGCAAACAGAGAGAUUCAGCCGCCAUUUAAACCUAAAGUGUGCGGCAAAGGAGCAGAAAACUUUGACAAGUUUUUCACACGUACACAACCCGUGCUGACUCCUCCCGACCAGCUGGUCAUCGCCAACAUCGACCAGAGCGAGUUCGCAGGCUUCUCUUACAUGAACCCUCAGUUCAUCCAUCCAUCCCUGCACAGUGUGGUAUGAGGAGAGAGCAGAAAAAAAAACUCAAAAGCACGGACUGUCGCUGACUACAGGAUCCUUACAAACUCCAACAAACGAUCCCGCCGUCAUAAGACUCAUAUCAUCCUCUACAGUGUUCUGUCUAGUUAUCAAAAUCUGUGUACAAAAGCGACUGAGAAGAGGGGAGCAAAGUGUUAAAGAAUAACUAUAUGGCAGUGAUAUGUUUGCAUAAUUUCCCCAAACAUCUCAUAUAUGUUCUUUAUUCUCUAUCUGUGUUUAACCAAACCUGCUGCCUUUUUUUCUUGCGUAUGAAUGUGUGACCGGUUACUUUAUUAGGUAUUAAAGAUGCAAGAUGUUUUCCUUUCUCAUGUUCCCCAUCUUACUACGCAACAAGCUGCAAUGCACGACGAGAACGGAACAUAUUUUUCUGCUCUGUCCCGGCUUUAUCUACUUCUGAUCCGCUACACGUGUAUUUUAUAUUUAUAUUAAAAAACAAGAGGUAGUAUACUGUUACAUGAGUGCCAAAGUAGAAGUGGAAAGACAUCAUUUAUAUUGCAGUUCUUAAAAUCCUUGUAAUGUUUUUCCCAACACACUAAAACCCCACUAAAACAGGGGCCGUUUCUUUGUGUUGUUUUGUAGGACGUGGAGAUACAUUAUAUCUAACUCAGCAUAGACAAACAGAAGCACAUCAUGCUUAUGCUUGGUUAUAAGCUGUGUACGCUAUUUGAAUGCAGUGUUGGUCAGUAUACUAUAGGGUCAGAAAACUGUGGAUCAAAGAGACAGUGUUUUAAAGUAUAAAGAUGCUAUUUCCAUAUGCACAAAGCAGAUCUCUGUUGCAUGCUUAUUUUUCUGACUCUGUAUGAACAGUAGACUCUAGGAUGCAGUACACGUCUGGUAUCAUUGUAAAGUUUAGUAUUUAUGAUAUAAACUAUGUUAAUAUAUAAUUGUUGUAUGUUUUCAAGAGUCUUAUCCUGAAGAAAAAGUUUCUAAUUGUUAAAGGAAAAAAAAACUUUUGUUCAUAUUUUGUUUCGCUUAACUCAACU